CCGAGACAUUUAUACGGCAUCAAAUCGAAAUCUCCCGUGUUCGUUUUUUUUUAUCUCUGCAAGAGAUCGUGUCCGAAGCGCGGAAGCAUUCCUCAAGAGGGAGAGAGAAGGAAGAUUCAGCGCUGAAAUCGAUCCGAAGUCGAAGCAGAUAUGUCUUCACUAGCAGCUGCAAGAGCUGACAAUUUCUAUUACCCUCCAGAAUGGACGCCGGACCAGGGUUCUUUGAACAAGUUUCAUGGUCAACAUGCUUUGAGAGAAAGAGCACGGAAGCUAGACCAGGGCAUUUUGAUCAUAAGGUUCGAGAUGCCCUUCAAUAUUUGGUGUGGAGGAUGCAAUUCUAUGAUUGCAAAAGGUGUUAGGUUCAAUGCUGAGAAAAAGCAAGUGGGGAACUAUUAUUCUACAAAGAUAUGGAGCUUCACAAUGAAAUCGGCCUGCUGCAAGCAUCAAAUUGUGAUUCAAACAGAUCCAAAAAAUUGUGAAUAUGUGAUUAUCAGUGGGGCUGAACGAAAGACUGAAGAGUAUGACAUCGAGGAUGCAGAAACUUUUGCACUUCCUGCAGAUGAAGAAAGAGGCAAGCUCGCCGAUCCUUUUUACCGCCUCGAACACCAAGAGGAAGAUUUGCAGAAGAAGAAAGAAGCUGAACCAGUACUAGUGCGCCUUCAACGUGUAUCAGACGCUAGGCAUGCAGAUGACUACUCUCUGAACAAGGCCUUACGCUUGCAACUUAGAAGCCAAAAGAAGCGGAUUGCUGAAGAAGAGACUGCUUCCAGGAAGAAGGGCCUUGGCAUACGACUGCUUCCAGCAACGGAGGAAGACACUGCUACCGCAGCAAAAGUGAAGUUUUCGUCCAAGUUUGAGAGGAACAGGAAGGACAAACGGGCAUUGAUAAAUGCUGCUUCUAUAUUUUCGUCCUCCGGGUCCGCGACAUCAGAUAAGAGCAGACUGGUCCUGGAGUCCAAGAGGAGGAAAAUUAGGGCCGGCACAGCUUCUAACUUGUUGACAGGCGGAUUUAAGCCAUCAGCACUGUUGGGCAAUGGCAUUUCUUCAAGUAGACACAAGAGCAGCUCAAUGGCGGUGAGAAAAUUCUAGUUGUUUUUAGUGUAGUACUUGUAAAACUAUUGAAGUUUGGCUUUUGGCUGAGAGCUUCGCUUCUGCUGAAUGACGAGACAGCUUUUGUAUAUAUCUACAAAUGUGGUGUGGACCCUGGCUAUUUUGGGAGAGUUUUAUUGUGCAUCAGUAAUCCAUCAUGGUUUAUUUGUCGA